AGAGAGAGAGGAGGAGGAAGAAGAAGAAAGUGCUUGAAUCCAUCUCUCUCGUCCCCGUGACGUGGCUCGCCGUGGACCCGCGGCUCUCCGGUCCCGUCUCAGCAGAACCCACUUUGGCCGCCGUCCCGAGCGUCCACGCAAACCGCGGUGCGAGAGCGACGCACGGCUACGCAAAAAGGGGAGGGGGAGCAAGGUGCGCUGCGGGCACCCGCUCCUUCUCCAUCCACUCCACGCGGCCCGCCUCGUCCCGCAUCCCUGAACUGUGAGGAAAGCGCGUAGAGAGGAGCGCAUCCCUGACGCGGAGGAGCGCAUCCGGAGCGCACCCCCUCGGGCUCGAUCCCCCGCCGAGAAGAUGCUGAGAUUGGUCUGCGUGCUGGCCGCGGCGGUCUGGGGGCUGAGCGCUGCUCACAGCAAAGUGAACAAACACAAGCCUUGGAUUGAGACAUCGUACCAUGGAGUGAUCACUGAGAACACGGACGUCGUGCUGCUGGACCCUCCACUCGUGGCCCUGGAUAAAGACGCCCCCGUCCCAUAUGCAGGGGAGAUCUGUGCAUUCAACAUUCAUGGGCUGGACGCUCCAUUCGAAGCGGUGGUGCUGAACGGGACAUCUGGCGAGGGCCAGCUGAGGGCGCGGAGCCUGGUGGACUGUGAGCUGCAGAAGGAAUACACCUUCAUCAUCCAGGCGCACGACUGCGGCUCUGGACCCCGGGGCACCGAGGGCAAAAAGUCCCACAAGGCAGUGGUUCACAUACAGGUGGACGAUGUGAACGAGUUUGCCCCCGUGUUCCGGGAGCCCCAGUACCAUGCUGCUGUGACGGAGGGCAAGAUUUAUGACAGCAUCCUGCAAGUGGAGGCAACAGAUCAGGACUGCUCCCCGCAGUACAGCCAGAUCUGCAACUACCAGAUAACAACCACAAACAGCCCCUUUGCCAUUGAUCGAAAUGGUAACAUUCGGAACACAGAGAAACUGAGCUACGACAGUCAGCAGCACUAUGAGAUCCUGGUCACGGCCUGGGACUGUGGCCAGAAGAGAGCCUUGCAUCCGGUCCCCGUGCACAUUGACGUCAAGCCGGUCUGCAAACCUGGCUGGCAAGGUCUGAAUAAGCGAGUCGACUACGAGCCAGGAACAGGCAGUAAGCAGCUGUUUCCCAAGAUGCACCUGGAGACGUGUGGUGAGCCUCUGUCCUCCGUUAGGACCACGGUGGAGCUGCAGACCAGCCACAUCGGGAAGGGCUGCGAUCGAGAGACGUACUCUGAGAAAUCUCUGCAGAAGCUUUGUGGUGCCUCCUCUGGCAGUACUGACCUCCUUCCUGCUCCCAGCGCUGCCACCAAUUGGACAGCAUCCCUGCUUUCUGACAACGGGAGGGACAGCGAUUUGAUUUUCCGAUUUGAUGGUCAUCAGGCCGCCAAAAUCCCAGACUGGGUGGUACCACAAAAUCUGACCGACCAGUUCACCAUAGCAACAUGGAUGAAACAUGGACCUAUACCUGGGCUCAGAGCAGAGAAGGAGACAUUACUCUGCAACUCUGACAAAACCGAGAUGAAUCGCCAUCACUAUUCACUCUAUGUCCAUAACUGUCGCCUGGUAUUCCUGCUGAGGAGAGACUUCAUCCAGGCGGACGCCUUCAGACCGGCAGAGUUCCACUGGAAACUGGAGCAGAUUUGCGAUAAGGAGUGGCAUUACUACGUCAUCAAUGUGGAGUUCCCAGCGGUGACGCUCUUUGUGGACGGAGUCACCUACGACCCCUACCUGGUGACAGACGACUGGCCCAUCCACCCGUCGCAGAUUGAUGUACAGCUCACAGUUGGAGCCUGCUGGCAAGGUGGGGAGGUGACCAAGCCGCGGUUCACUCAGUACUUCCGGGGAAGCCUGUCUGGACUGACCGUCCGACCUGGGAAGAUUGAGAGUCAGAAAGUGAUUUCAUGUCUACAAGCCUGCAAGGAAGGACUGGACAUUAACUCCCUGGAGAGCCUGGAUAAGAGUAUAAAGUUCCACUUUAAUCCAGCUCAGUCCAUCCUGGUAAUGGAGGCAGACGACUUGCAAAACAUGAACACUGCUGUGAGGAAGGUUGCCUACAUCAACUCCCGCCAGUUUCCCACGCCAGGCAUUCGACGCCUGAAAGUCUCCACCGCUGUUCAGUGCUUUGGGGAAGACACCUGUAUCACCAUCCCAGACAUGGAUGCGGUGGUGAUGGUGCUGCAGCCCAGCGAGCCCCGGAUCACCAUCUCUGGAGCGGAGAGACUCAGCCGGCCGGCCGCUGACUUCCGGGCUUCAGGAGGAAUCUUUCUCUUCCAGGACCUCCACAUCAUCAGCACGGUUACCAGAGCCGACACCACCGCGCACCGCACAGCACAUCAGGGGGGUGUCCUGGAGGAGAUCAUUCACAACCUGGACUACUGUGAUGUCCUGGUGUUGGGGGAGGAACUGAGUCCGGAACACGAGUCUCUCCAACUACAUCGAAGCUCCAUGCUGGGAAAACACCUGGACGCCACCAAUUCCACCUCUGGCAUGUCCAUAUAUGGUGUGGACUCCAUGUCAACCUAUGAGCAGGUAAUCCGACAGGUGCGCUACUACAACUGGAAACCAGAACAGCAAACAGAGAGAAGGUUUCGCCUGACCUGCUCAGAGCUCAAUGGUCGCUACACCAGCAAUGAAUUCAACCUGGAGGUGAGCGUCCUGCACCGGUCAGCAAACAUGGAGCAUGUCAAUCACAUGGUGGCCCCCCCUCAGUACAUGCAGGUGGUUCACCACCCGUCCAUGAUCAGCGACUCGUACCCGAGCCAUGCAUCAGGUGUACCCAGUGCUGCCACAGUGAUUAUCGUGGUGUGUAUCGCCGCCCUGGUGGUGGUGGUGGUGCUGGGCAUUUACCACAUCCACGUGACCCACCAGCAGGAGGUGAGGUUGGAAGACACGGCUAAAGAGGAAGACGAGAGCUGGGAUGACUCCGCUCUGACGAUCACAGUCAACCCGAUGGAGAGCCUGGAGGAGCCCCAGGCCCCAGAGGAGGAAGCAAGUGAGGAGGAGGAGGAGGAAGAGGAAGAGGAGGAGGAGGAGGAGGAAGAUGACGAUGACAUCACUAGCGCCGAGUCAGAUGACAGCGAAGAGGAAUUGGACGUCCAGCUACCCCGAGUGCAAAGCUCGAGCAAGAAGAGCCACAGCUGGGACAAAACAACAAUAACUUACUGAAGCACUCUAUUCCUGUGACACACACACACUCACUGAAACACACCUUCAAACCACAUGGCUAAAGAAAAAACAAAAACUUUUUACGAAAAAGUAGGUAAUAUCGCCCCCUACUGGAAGAUGACAAUAAAUCAUGCAUUGAAAGAAUUGAAGGUUUUGUCACCUUUACAGCUGAUAAAAAUAAUGCAAGACUAAAGCUUUUUUCAACAUAAAGGUUUGCUCACACCCCCACCCCCUUCCCAUCAUUAACACACACAGCAACACAAUUCAGUUCCGACGCAUCGAAUUUUACGCUGAGAUUUCUGAUGUCCCACAUGCAAAAUGCAAAAACAGCCUUUAUUUAUGAAAAACAAACAAAAAAAGUUGUAUAAGUAAAGAAAUGAGACUAUUUUUGGUUUGAGUAUUUAUUAUUUAUCAGUCCUUAUUGUAGCCAAUGUGGCAAAGCCAGGGGAUUUUACAGAAAAAAGCAGAUUUUCAACAGUACACAAAAAUAAACAAAAAAAAGGAAAAAGUAGUCGUGACGUCCUGUUGAACCAGCCGCUGCUUCUGUGAGCUGGCCUUCUGGGUUUUUGGGGAAAUAAACUAAAGUCUCCUUACAUUUUUAUAUCCUCACUUUGUGUAAAUAUGGAGUAUACAAUAACCCCUUCAGAGAAGACUACCCUGUACCCUUUACCUGCACACAGCAGGCCCCACCUUUUCAUGUGUCUGUGCACACCCAUGAGCCCCUGAGCCUGCAGGAGUCCUUCCACAGCUCAUCCUUGUGUCUGUAGUUCGGUGUUGGCAUCGUCCCAGCGGACGUCAGGGCUGGAUUUGUUCGGGUGGACGUGCCGCUGCCCCCUCAUUGACCAGCUCAGGCCAGAAACGGCGUGUGACAUCGUUUCACUUCCCUCACUUGCAGUGUAAGACGUGAGCAGCAAAAAUAAAAACGUGAAGAAUAAAACUGCAAUUGGAGCCCAAUAGCUGGAAAAAACAAACAAAUUCCAACAUAGCUUGAGAAAUGUUCACUUAAAGUACAAAAAAAGAAGAAUAUCAACUAUAUUUAGCUGAAUAAUAAAGUUUGAAGAAAAACGUUUUUUUUACAAAACUCAGUCGCUGUCUCUCUGAUGCUACGUUCACAUCAGGCAUGUGGCACGUGUUCUUGAACACGCCAAACACGCAUUCUUUAAUGCCCUAUGGUGCUCACUCUGGACAUGCAGGGAGGGGCUUUUUCUCCUUUUCUACAGUUUACUAGCGCAUGUCCGCCACCCUCAGUUAGAAGAGUCUUGGUGUGAAAUGUCAAAGACGUCCAAAUCUCAUGAAUCUCGCUCCAGCCUUUUUCUUUCACAGCUCUAUUCCGAUACAUGAAAGACUCGGUGUCGUAGAAUUCCACAUGGACACAAACCACAAAUAUUGAUUUAUCCUGCAUGAUGACAUUUCAAAGAGUAUGCCCUUCCGUAAAAUUAAAAGGGAAGUCAUCCCGACAUCCCUACCAGAUCUGAGUCCCUGAUUGGUCAAAGUUAGACCUGCUUUAACUUUCAGCUUUUGUUCAAUUGCCACACGUUGUGUAUGUAGAACCUGAAACCGGUCGUAAGAACCUGGACAGCGAUGCAUGAGCGAGGGUUCUGAACGCAGAAGCCCAAAACCGUGUUUACAGAGACUUUUCAUUGGAAAUGGUCACUUGAAUGCAUGUUGCUGAGGGCGGUGUGGUCUUCAAGGCUCAGCUUCAUGAUGGCGCGCGUGAGACUCGCACAGAACUGAGCUGGUGACAGUUCUCUCUAAAAAUGAGAUCAGGCAGAAAAGCCCCCCAGGCCCCAGGUUUGGUUUCACUUUCACUGGUUUGGUUCUUAGAAUUUUGGCUGCUUUACUGCGACGAUCAGGACCUGUGCUGUCGUGAAGAAUCAGUGACUGAACAAUUGAAUUUAUUGAUCAUCAGGGUCAUGAACCCGCUUCCCAAUAGAAUCCCAAUACAACAGAGUUGUGUGGAAAAAAGUUUCAACCUUGGACGUUUUAGGAUUUUCCUUUCUGUUGCAGAUUUCUUCCACUUCUUCCACUCAUGUUAACGUCUCUUGGUUUUGGAAAAUUCUACCAAUUUAUAGUUUCAUUAAACUUUUUGCAUCCCAACUAAUUCAUUUAACAUUUCUAUAAUUAAGGCAAUUUAGCAAUUAAACAAACAAAUUUGAGCUUUUCCGAAUUUAAACGUAAACAUGAAGAACAUCAAUUGAAUGAAUAGUAGUCAUAAAUUGUAUUUUUGUUUUGUUUCUUUCACAAAGCUGACGCCUACAGGCAGAUCUGUUGCUUGGAAUGUAAUUGAUUAAUUCAGAUUACCAUUUCCCAAAUCCUGUUGUAUGUCAUUUCAAUCAAAAGUGUUUUUUUAUUGUCAAUGGGAAUCCGUUGAACUAAAAAGACAGAAGUUUGGUUUUCUGGUUCUGUUUUGCCAUCGGUGGAUCACGUUUCCACUUACAGCCUUUCAGGUUGAACUGAAAUCCUAAACUAGAGUCUGUUCUUGGUCGUUUACAUUUCCUUUUCCUGGUUAAUUGUUCUAAAACAUUUCUGAUGAAUCAGGUUUGUUUGAUUUAGUGACACAGCAGUCCGUCAGGGUUUACUGCAUUUAAAAAUAUCAACACAGUCGUGGCGAUCAAUACUGUAACCUGUGCAAAUCGAUGUAUUGAGAUUCCAAAAAGGAUCAAUGAUUGGAAAUUUUAAUAAAGCAUUUCAGUAAGGACAAAUAAAUUGGUGAGCGGUCCACGCCGGCUGCUCGAGGAGCUCCUGGAUUUGAAGUGGGAGGAGUGGAGAGCAGAGUCACGUCGCACAUAAUCAAACGUUCUGUUUUUGCAUCACCGUGAAAACGCAGUUCUCUCUGAUCAUGGCCGCUCUGACUGGAACGUCUGAAACCUCGAUAGCACAGAAUCCACCAACCACGCCGUUGGGUCUGUAAGGGAAAACCCGUCACGUGUGUGCUGUCUGAGUCCCAGAAGCUGGGAGACGGCGCUCGCCUUGCACAGCUGCUCUGUGGGCAUGGAAACCUAUUGUAUGUGUAAACUGUAGCUGUAUUGUAUGUUCAUGUAAAGAUCUCAGAUGUCGUUUGAGAGUUUUCCUCAUCUGCUGUGACACAUGGUCUUGUGAUUUCACCUUACUCCUAGCACCCCCCCAACCCCACCCCUCACUUGAAACCUUUGGUGGACUUGCAUCGGCCUCACUCCUAUUGUUGUCCUGACCUUUGUUUUAGAAGAGGGCGAUGGAACGAGCAUCGAAUCCUUGUGAAACGUGUCAACGCUUUUUUCUUUCCUCUGGACUCUUUGGUCUGUUUUCCUUUGGAAUGGUCACUGCAGCACUUUCUGUAAAUUGGCCAAUAAAACUUUGUUUUAGAAUCAA